AGGCGUUAGUGGGCUGCAGUGGCGGUGGGGAGCUCCCGCGGGGUGUGACCCUGUGGUUAGAAACGCAAAGGGCCGGUUUCCAGCGAUAACCUUUCCGAAAGGGCUCCUUCCCGCACCCUGCCCCGGCCGCGGCGGCUGCCGGGCCCUGCGCAUGCCCCGGGAGCGGCGGGGCGGGGCGGCCGGGCGGGGCCGCCCUGGGGAGCCCCGGUGGCGGCUGGAGCGAGGCGGGGAUCCCCCGGCGGCUCGGGCCGGCGCAGGCGGGCUGGGGACGCGCAGGCGGCGGGGAAUGGAGUUAGGGCACCUGAAGAGGCUGCGUCAGGCCAACCAGGACCUUCUACAAAGGCUCAGAACGAAGCAGGAAGAGAUCAGAAAAAGACUUGCCGGCAAGCCACUGUUCCCAGCAUCGCCGCAUAAUAGAACAACUACUGAUAGAUCUGUCCCCCUGCCCAGGAGAGGGAAGGGAAAUCAGGUUGAUGCUGUGACUUCUACAGCUGACCCUGCAGUGUUGGUAUCUGUGGAACCUGGAGCUUAUGCAGCCCGAGCAGCCCUCUGUUCAUCUCUUAAACACAGCAGCAAUGAAAGAAUGGUACAGCGACAACAAGCAAAGACAGAGGAAGCAGUAGGUUUGGAUUCCAGCUUCCCUGGGAAAAAGAAUGUUAUGCCAGAGUCUGCAAUCAUUACGUGUGGCAGAGAAACCUCUAGAGUGGAUAGGGAUGGCCCUGCUCGAGGAAGUCAGGAGAAAGAGUCCUUCCUUCUGGGACAUGGAGAGAACAGAAAACAGUCCACUCUGCUGCAUGGGUCCCAAGAGAAAAAACAGCUUAAGGGUCAUCCGGACCCAUCACUGAGCAGAACACAAAGUGAAGAGACCAGCAAGCAGCAUGUGGUCAUUAGAGAGCCCAUAAUUUGUAAAUCAAUCUCGCUGACAUCUCAGUCCAAAGGGUUGAAGAAGGAAGCUGGUCAUGUGGCUUUUCAGUCUGACCCUGAAGAAUAUACCAUACCUGUGAGCAGUUGGUCUGUGCAUCCUUUCCUGGGCUAUGACUGGAUUGCAGGGCUCCUAGAUAACAACUCUUCAGUAGCAGAAAAAUCGGACCAGUACUUUGCUGAGCUGCAUGAGUUCCGACAGGCCAACCAAGCUGCAUGUAUUCAUGAGCAGCACCUGGAGCCCAAGGCUCUGGAUUGCAUAGUUCCUGAACAAGAACCAGAUUUGAUAACCAGUUCUCAUAAGUGUGUUUACUGUUACCAAUUAAACCAGCGCCUCUUCACUGUCCCUGUGGAUUCAGAAUCUGCCUGUCCCAUGUGUAAGAUCCCACGUACUCACCAGCCCCCAGAGACACUGGAAGAGCCAGCCUAUGUCAGGGUCAGCAUUCCCAGGUCUACCCUUAUGCCUGCCUACAAAUACAAAGCCCAUCGCAGGAAGAGCUUUGAACCGACAGAUAACCUAGGAUUACCUUCACAUUGCCUGGCUGGCUGGGAAAAUAUCAUCCCCUCCAGCAAUCCUGUGCUCAGCAGUUUGGAUCUGCGAGCUUCACUGGAAGAGAAGCCUUCUCACCAUCCUCGCCUGAACUCGGUGUCCAGAGUGUCAGGAGGAACCAGAACUGACCAACUUUUGAACCUGACCCACCUGACACACUUCAGAUUUAGCAGUGCUUCUCAUCAGAGGGAGCAAAACAAACCUGGACACUACAGAGCAGCUCCAUUAAAUCUGACUGCCUCAACUCUGUGCACCACCGACUUGAUUGCCCCAGGGAAGGGAUGAGCGCAGGGUGUGGAAAAAACUCUUAUUUUAAUAAAAAUAAAUCUUUGAAUGGA